AUGUCGAGGUCAUCAUGCUGUUGCUGUUCCUCCCACUGCUGCCGUAGGCAAAGCGAAAAUAAGCCCCUAAUUUUACCCCCCUAUACACAAGCCCAGCAACGGACUCCUUCUGCUUUCCAGUCACACAAACGACAGCAGCAAACUCAAAUAAAAAUAAAAGAGUUGGUUAACAACCAGGAGAAGGUGCGUGAGAAAGCGAAAGAACAUGAACAACCGAGGUUUACUGUUACGCUCAGGAAAAAGUACGUUGAUAUGAUGACUAGGAGAUUGUCUAAUCUAGAAAAAUCGAAGCGGCCUUCGACUAGUACAGUCAAUCCUUCGGAAAUAGAAACUGAUUUGGAUACACUCACAAAGGUAAGCUUCAACUACUGGCUCAAAUAUUUAA